CCGCCCCCCUGCCCCCGCCUUUCUUCCCUCCCGGACCCGGCCGCGCGGCCGUCCCCCUGCCUCUGUCUGGCCGUCCCUCCUCCCCUCUUCUCGCACCCCUACCUCCGGUACCGCACCCCCGGGGACCCCUGCGCCCCGCCCCUCCCCCUGGCCGCAUGGACCGUCCCGCAGGCCGCUGAUGCCACCCGCGGCGAGCUGGCCCGGACCGCAGCGCCCCGAGAGAGCUCUAAUGGUACCCAGUGACAGGCCGGCCUUCCUGUGACACGGGGACGCCAGAUCUCCUGAGAAGAUGUCGGCAAUACAGGCCGCCUGGCCGACCGGGACAGAGUGCAUCGCCAAGUACAACUUCCAUGGCACCGCCGAGCAGGACCUGCCCUUCUGCAAGGGGGACGUGCUCACCAUUGUGGCCGUCACCAAGGACCCCAACUGGUACAAAGCCAAGAACAAGGUGGGCCGCGAGGGCAUCAUCCCGGCCAACUACGUGCAGAAGCGGGAGGGCGUGAAGGCGGGCACCAAGCUCAGCCUCAUGCCCUGGUUCCAUGGCAAGAUCACGCGGGAGCAGGCGGAGCGGCUGCUGUGCCCGCCGGAGCCGGGGCUGUUCCUGGUGCGGGAGAGCACCAACUACCCCGGGGACUACACGCUGUGCGUCAGCUGCGAGGGCAAGGUGGAGCACUACCGCAUCGCGCACCACGCCGGCAAGCUGAGCAUCGACGACGAGGUGUACUUCGAGAACCUCAUGCAGCUGGUGGAGCACUACAGCUCGGACGCAGAUGGGCUCUGUACUCGCCUCAUCAAACCAAAGGUCAUGGAGGGCACCGUGGCGGCCCAGGACGAGUUUUACCGCAGCGGCUGGGCGCUGAACACCAAGGAGCUGAAGCUGCUGCAGACCAUUGGGAAGGGCGAGUUUGGAGACGUGAUGCUGGGUGAUUACCGAGGGAACAAAGUCGCCGUCAAGUGCAUUAAGAACGAUGCCACGGCCCAGGCCUUCCUGGCCGAAGCCUCGGUCAUGACGCAACUGCGGCACAGCAACCUGGUCCAGCUCCUGGGCGUGAUCGUGGAGGAGAAGGGCGGCCUCUACAUCGUCACCGAGUACAUGGCCAAGGGCAGCCUGGUGGACUACCUGCGGUCACGGGGCCGGUCGGUGCUGGGCGGAGACUGUCUCCUCAAGUUCUCACUGGACGUCUGUGAGGCCAUGGAGUACCUGGAGGGCAACAACUUCGUGCACCGGGACCUGGCCGCCCGCAAUGUGCUGGUGUCCGAGGACAACGUGGCCAAGGUCAGCGACUUCGGCCUCACCAAGGAGGCGUCCAGCACCCAGGACACGGGCAAGCUGCCAGUCAAGUGGACGGCCCCGGAGGCCCUGAGAGAGAAGAAAUUCUCCACCAAGUCCGACGUGUGGAGUUUCGGAAUCCUCCUCUGGGAGAUCUACUCCUUCGGGCGAGUGCCUUAUCCGAGAAUUCCCCUGAAGGACGUCGUCCCGCGGGUGGAGAAGGGCUACAAGAUGGACGCCCCCGACGGCUGCCCGCCUGCCGUCUACGACGUCAUGAAGAACUGCUGGCACCUCGACGCCGCCACGCGGCCCUCCUUCCUGCAGCUCCGUGAGCAGCUCGAGCACAUCAAGACCCACGAGCUGCACCUGUGACCAUCGCCUGCAGCUGUGGGGACCGGCGCGGCCCGGGCGGCGUGGACCUGGGCUCCCACUGGCUGGCCUGAACCUGAACUGAGCCCGCGGCCGCGGGCCCCUCCUCUGUCCAGCCUGCACCCCGCUGGCCCCAGGGGCCCUGCCUGGGCUGGCCCCUUCUCUCGGACCCCCAUGGGCUCGGGGAGCCCGCGAAGGGCCGAGAAGGGCGCGGGCUGCCGGGUGAGGCGGAGCCCCCUGCACGGGCUCUCCCCGGCCUCCACUGCUCGCCUUCUUAGAGUUUUAUUCCUUUCCUGUUUUUUGAGAUUUUUUUCCGUGUGUUUAUUUUUUAUUAUUUUUCAAGAUAAGGAGAAAGAAAGUACCCAGCAAAUGGGCAUUUUACAAGAA